GAUAUGAUUUGGAUCAUAUAAUAAAAGAUUUAGCAAAAGGUAAUAGUUAUAACUAUAAUCAUGUUAAAAAUAUAUGCAAACUAGAAAAAAAAUACAACGAUUUAGCUAUUAUUAGACCCCAUGAAACACCUCAACAAUGGGCUAUUCGUAUAAAAGAUGAUUUGCAAGAAUUACAUUCUAGAGAAAGACCUA